AUCACUUCAGUUCCGACCAGCGACGCGUUCGGACGUGUGUGCGCCGUGUUUGUCUUCGUGCGUGUUUUUGCCCUCUUUCCUCCCCUCGUUCGUCGUUCGGUGUGUGUUCGGUCUCGUCCGUCGGUCAUUUUUUCACGGAUUUUGAUCGCGUGUGUGUGACACUUUUCACGCGUGCAUUUCCGCCGGUGAAAAUGUAGCACAGCCGCACUGUAAUUUAUUUUGUGGUCGAAAAUCUGCGCGUUACGAUUUUCGUGGUCGUGAAAAAGUGUGGAAGGGAAACGAAGCGAAAGGCGCAACGAAGAAGCGACAGAAGAAAGAUUCGUAAAAAAACGGGAAGAAAAUUUUGCAUGAGUGAUUCAGUGUGUGCGUGUGAGUGAGCGAGAAGGAAUACACACACGCACACGGGACGGGGUCGGAGUGUGUGCGCGCAGGGCAGAUAGAGAGAGAGAAGGGAAGUGGAGUGUGCGACGAAGAAAGGAAGAAACAGAAGAAUCAGGCAAAAUGUCAACAUCGGAAAGCCGAGUGGAAUGGGUGGAAAUCAUCGAACCUCGCACCAAGGAGCACAUGUACGCCAACCUGACGACCGGCGAGUGCGUCUGGGAUCCACCGGAGGGUGUCGUCAUCAAGCGGACGGACGCGUCCCAGUGGUGGGAACUGUUCGACACCAACACCUGCCGGUUCUACUACUACAACGUGGCCUCGCAGAAGACGGUCUGGCACCGGCCGCAGAACUGUGAUAUAAUCCCGCUGGCGAAGCUGCAAACCCUGAAGCAGAACACCGACCCAGGCGAGCGAAAGGAUGGCGGAACGUUGCCGCACCAUCACACCAGCACCAGUUCCCGACACCACGGUGGAAGUUCCGGCACGGUGGGCAAAUCCUGCGGCCACCGGACUGCGACGGGCGUCAUGGACUACCGGGAUCGGGACCACCAUCGAAGUUCCAGCUCCGGCCACCGCAGCAGUAGUGGCAGCCACGACAAACGCAGCAACAGCGAUCUGCUGGCGAGUCCCCAGGGACGGCACAGCUUACAGCACAGACUGCCACCCAAAGCUACCGAGGCGGGACUGUUCUCGAUAGGCCGCACCGGCACCGCCGAAUCUCAUAAACUUUGCAGGCACGUCCACCCACCGGGGAACAACGCCGUCACGCCGACCGCGUUGACAGGUUCCUCGACCGGAACCGGAACGUCAUCCCGCAGCAGUCACCGGUAUCUGGACUCGGGUAAGUCCAGCGACAGCAGUUUGUCCAGUGCCCACGGGUUCCACCAUCGGCGCAUGCCGGACGGUGGAAGUUUGCGGAUCGGCACCGGAACUCACGGGAAGAAGCACUCCGGUGGCGGAGCGGAGAACUGCUAUCGGAUGCUGCAGGAGAGUUCGAGCUCGCACAACAUUCCACACUCGGUUCCGUCGUCGUCCACGGAGAAGCUGGUCGCUGGGCUGGUGCACCACUCGCCGCUGCCUCCGCCCCACCAGAUGCUGUCCUACUCGAUGUCCAACUCGUCGGAUCUGGCGGCGGGCGCCGGCGGUAAUCUGUCCUCUCCGUCGCACUCGAUGAGCACGCCCCAGUUCAAGAAGAAGUUCAUGCACGACGGCAGCAGCGGUCUCGGCUCCAAGUCGGGCAGCUCGGUCGGACUCAAGGACGGUGGGCUGGUGUCAAAGCACGAAAGCUUCGAUUACUCCGGAAAUCCUUCCUCUCAGAUCUCACUGACCCGCUCGGGUAGCUUCCUGUCGUCGGCCGGCAUCACUUCGGCGGGACCGAUGGUCGGAACGCCCGUUUCCGGACGGCCAUAUCACCAUCACCAGUCCGGAAGUGGAGGAGGUGGCAGCGGCCUGCCACCCCAGCAGCAUGGUUCCUCAUCCCAUCGGAAGGGUAGCUUCGACGGGAACAACGGUGGCGCGGCCAGCGACGAUUCGAUGCACGAAAAGUACUUCAAGUCCGUGGAGAACACGCCAAUCAGCCGGAGGCGUCACACGACCACUUCCUCGUCCAAAGCGUCCUCCGUGCCACCACCACAGCAGAAGCACUCGAGCGACUCUAGUCCCCAGAGUCCGAUUAGUCCGCAACAGCAGCAGCAGCAGAAAAUCCAGCGGCCAUCGGCCCUGGCCGUGGAGCUGUCUCCCGGCGGCGCAGUCGGAUACAACAAAUCUAGUCACAAAAGUAACGAUUCCGAACUGUUCAACCUGGACCUCACCAGCAAGCCGGAAAAGUACUUGGAUAAGAUGAAGAUCGACCGGGGCAAGGUUUCGCCCAGCUCAAUCUCCAUGGGGGGAAGUUCCGCGACCGGCCAAAGUCUCCAGAAGCAAUCCUCCUCCAGCGGAAAGCUCUCUUCUAGUCAAACCGAGAUGGCAGCACAAAAGAUGGCGGUGGCUGCGGCCAGCAGCAAGGACCAGUUCUCGCUAAACAAACCAAACCUGGAACGGCACAACCAGCAAAAGCAGCAGCAAACGCUGGAGAAGAAAUCCGGCUCCGGAUCGACCCACACGGUCGCGUCCAACAACUCGUCUUCGCACAAGCAACAGUCACAGCAGCAACAGCACGAUAAGAAAAAGAGCCGGAACAACCACAACAAUCAGGGGACCGGGUUCGACUUCGACUACGACAACGGGAACACGUCCCCGCUUUACUGCAACUGGGAUAAGGAAAAGCUCGAGCACCUGCUCCCGCUGCAGCACUACAUCCUGGAGCAGGCCAAACUGUCCGGCUGCUACGGCGGCUUUGGGGACGCGUUCCGCGACUCGGACUCGUUCCACUCGGACAGCCAGUCGGAGCACUCGUUCUCGGGCCACGAGCCGGACAACGAGGACUCGGACCACUCGGACGGGCACGGGGACUACCUGUCGCACUACCCGUACGAGGAGUACGGCGUGUUCCGGAAGGACAUGGACGGGGGCGGGGUGUCGUACUACAACUUUGACUUUAACUUUGGCGACCGCGAGGAAAAGGAGGACAUUUCGGAGGAGGUAACGGCCAAGCUGGAGAGCAUUCAGGACCAGAUCUACAGUCCGGUCAAGAAUCAUCCGCCGCUGCACAAGUACUCUCCGUUUCACGCGGCCAAGCAGAGCUUGGAGAGUUCCGGGUUUGGGUCGGAUUCGGUAGAUCGGGGUGCGUCGGCGGACAGUAGUCAGGCGAGUUCCGGGCAGCCGCAGCAGCAGAAGCCAUCGGCCGUCAACAAGGCCACCCUGUUGCAGCGGUUCCAGGAGAACCUGAUGGCGCACAGUCCGGGAAGUAUGGGGGUUGUGGGUGGGAACGGGAAGAUUGCCGAGAUGGCUCUGCUGAAGGAGUGUGAUAUUGAGAAGUUUGCACAGGACAACCUGAACCUGCAUUCGAAGGGAAUCUUCCGGAAGAAGUCGUCCAUCCAGGAUAUGUUGAGUUGGACGCCGAACGCCAUCAGUCGACCGAUGCUUUCGCUGGCGAGAGACAAGGCCGGUAAGAAGAUGGCCACGGAGUUGUUCAAGCUGGUUCAGAUCUACAUGGGUGAUCGGAAGGCCCGGGUCGGGAUGAGUUUGAACUCGGUGGCCAUCGAUAUCAUUACGAUGGCCAUGGGGCAGGCUCAGUUACGGGACGAGCUGUACAUUCAGAUGUGUCGCCAGACGACGGAGAAUCCCAGUCGAGACUCGCUGAUUCGCGGCUGGGAACUGAUGGCCAUUUGUUUGUCGUUCGUGCCACCGUCUCCGACAUUCCAGCCGGCCCUGCUCGGGUACAUUAACCGGCACCGUGAUCCGUCGUUCGCGACCAGCUUCCCAGAGGUGGGCAAGUGGCCGAUUCACGUGCAAAUUUCGCACUACGCCACGAUCGCGUGCCGACGGCUGGACCGGAUCGGCAGUUCCGGCCGGAAACAGGCCAAGAAGCCGGGCGAGGACGACAUCAACCAGGCGCGGGAACAAAUCUUCCGCGACAGCAUGUUCGGCAACACGCUGAACGAGGUGAUGGUCCUGCAAAAGGACAAGUUCCCCGACCGGCAGCUGCCCUGGAUCCAAACUACGCUUUCGGAGCAGGUUCUCCUGCUGAACGGGAAACAAACCGAGGGAAUCUUCCGCGUGCCAGCCGAUGUCGACGAGGUCAACCUGCUAAAGAACCGGAUAGAUCGGUGGGAGUUUCCGGAAAAUAAGGGAACCAUGGAUGCUCACGCCCCUGCCAGUUUGCUGAAGCUGUGGUACCGAGAGCUGUACGAUCCGCUGAUCCCGGACGAACUGUACGACGAUUGCGUGGCCACCGAGGACCCGGCGGAGGCCGCCGCCAUCGUGGAAAAGUUACCAAAGAUAAACCGUUUGGUCCUAACCUAUCUGGUGCACUUCCUGCAGCAGUUUUCGCUGCCGGACGUGGUCGCCAACACCAAGAUGGACUCGUCCAACCUGGCGAUGGUGUUUGCGCCGAACCUGCUGCGCUGCCAGUCCCAGGACCCGAAGGUGAUCCUCGAGAACGCCCGCAAGGAGAUGACGUUCAUGAGGACGCUGAUUCAGCACAUGGACACCGCCAGUGUGGCGCACAUGGUUUGAUUUGGUUUGACCCGUGCCAGAAUAGUUUUUUGUUUGUUUUCGUUUUUUUGUGUUCCAGAUGUCAUUUUAACCAAGUGUACAUUUUUGUAAUGUAUUUUCUGACAGUCGAGAUAAACGUGUUUAUUUUA